AUGCAACUUAACGGUAUUACUCAUUUGAAGCAAAUUUUUGAAGGAAAAAUUCAAGUUCUAAAAAAAAAAUUUACGUUGGGACGUCAAAUUAGAGGUGAUAUCUAUGAAGUUGUCAAAAUUUUCAAGAACGAGCAGAGAAAGAUAUAUCAAAAUGCACUAGAAUCAAUUCUCAAGUACGAAAAGAAACUAUUAGCAGAUAACAAAUCAAAAUUGCUUUCAUUGAAGACUAUACUAAAAAAUGAUGCACCUUUCAGGUCUUUUUUGCUCAAGAUCUUUAAAGUGUCUUCCUAUGAACAAAUACUACAAAAGCAAAUUGUUAAUGAGGCAGCUAUUUUAUGGAUUGUAACACUUUGUCAAAAGAAAGUUGCCCUGUGUAAAUCAACCUUUAAUACAUCGGCAAAUCAAAUAAUCAAUAUCUAUUCACAAGUUGAGGCAGUUUCCAAAACAAUUGAGAUUAACGACGAGGAUAUAGAUGAGUAUAAACCAAAAGUUUCCCCGUAUAUAUCUGACGUGUUGAAAGUUUGGUCUGAU